AAUAUUGAGCAGAAACCGGAGGAAUUCUUUACUGGCUUUGAUGUGGUUUGCCUGACGUGCUGCACUCAGGAGGUCCUUCUGAAGGUGGACCAAAUAUGCAAGAAACACGGCAUCAAGUUUUUCACCGGUGACGUCUUUGGCUACCACGGCUACAUGUUUGCCAACCUGGGUGAACAUGAAUUUGUUGAAGAAAAGACAAAAGCUACCAAAGCCAGCCAGGAAGGACAGGGCGGCCCUGAUGCCAAGAAAGCCAAACUGGGUGUUGCAGAGACAGUCCUGGUGAAGAAGAAUGUUCAUUUUUGCCUCCUAAAAGAUGCCCUGACUCUCAGUUGGAGCAGUGAAGGGGCCAAAGCAGCCUUGAAGCGGACUGCCCCCGAUUACUUCCUGUUGCAAGUGCUUUUCAAAUUCCGGACAGAAAAGGGGCGAGACCCUUCUCCGCUGAGCUACCAGGAGGAUGCAGAAGCGCUGCGCCAGAUGCGCUUGGCUGUGCUGGCCUCCUUGGGUGUUGGAACUGACCUGAUUGUUGACGACUUUGCCAGCUGCUUCUCAGAAAUGGCCCCCGUUUGUGCUGUGGUUGGAGGGGUGCUGAGCCAAGAGGCUGUCAAGGCUCUCUCACAGCGGGACCCUCCCCUCAACAAUUUCUUCUUCUUCAACGGCAUGAAGGGCAGCGGGGUGGUAGAGUGCCUGGCCCCCACCCUCCCAUCCUGAACUAUGUGGGCUUAGUGACGGAUUCCCUUCCUGAACAGCCACCCCUCCUCACGUCUCUUCCCAUCUUAGCCCAAAUAAAUACUUAUU